UAGUGGCAGUUAUUUGAACUGAAGCCAAGCUACGAGCAAGUCAAGCGGAUUCCCAAUUCACACAUUACUUUACUGUUUUUGCCUUACUGUUUUAAUCGAAGCGACGCAAUUGAUUUAACAAUAAAAAAAUAAAAUGGCUCUGCUACCAUACUUGUGGGACUAUGAAUCAAGACCACGACGUCUUCGCGAUCAGCUUUUUGGAAUGGAUUUGUCGCCAGAUGAUUUUCUAACCGACAUAUUUGAUCGUCCAUCGCCUCGACGCUACCUGCGUCCAUGGAGAAACUUGGCAUUACUUGCACGCGACGUCGGUUCCACGAUUAAAACCGACAAAGACAAAUUCCAAGUCAAUUUAGAUGUGCAACAUUUUAACCCGGAAGAAAUAUCGGUAAAAACUACAGAUAACUAUGUAGUCGUUGAAGGAAAACACGAAGAAAAGAAGGAUGAUCACGGAUUUGUGUCAAGACAGUUUAAACGUCGUUACGCUUUGCCGGAAGGCUGUAACCCAGAACUGGUGGAAUCUAAGCUGUCUUCGGAUGGAGUUCUGACGAUAACAGCCCCUAAAACUGCCUCUGAAAGCGAGAAUGAGCGAAUUGUGCCCAUAUCUCAGACCGGUCCGGUGCGACGAAAGAUUCACGACACUGAAGAAAAAGAUGAGCCAAAUGGUGAAGUCGAAGAAACUAAAACUCCACAGAAAAAAAGAAAACGUUGAGAAAAUGCGAGAAUAAAAGACAUUCUUCCAUAACUAAUUAUUUUAAGGUUCUAUUUAAGUACAACUUGAAGACUGAGUUUUGUAUUAAAAAUAUAUGAGUAUUAAAUGAAUGA